AUGGGCCUCAAGCCAAUCAAGCUCUACUGGAGGAACCACGUUCCUAACCCCUCCAAGGUUCUUAUCAUCCUUGAGGAGCUCAACCUACCUUAUGAGACAUCAUGGGUCGAGCUCCAAGGCCUCAAGCAGAAACCCUACACUGAUGUCAACCCCAACGGCCGCGUUCCGGCUAUUGAGGAUCCAAACCACAACAUUACACUUUGGGAGUCUGGCGCGAUCGUCCAGUACUUGGUUGAAACUUACGACAAGGCCAACAAGAUCUCGUACAGCACCUUUCCUGAGAAGUAUUUGACGCAGCAGUGGUCGUACUUCCAAGCCUCUGGUCAAGGUCCCUACUUUGGCCAAGCCGCCUGGUUCAACCUCUUCCAUGAAGGGGCGUACGGCGAAUCCCCCGAGUCGGCCAAGAUUCGCUACGGCAAGGAGAUCAAGCGCGUAGCAGGUGUUCUCGACGGUGUGCUGGCCAAGUCGACCUGGCUUGUAGGUGAUAAGUGCACGUAUGCCGAUUUGGCGUUCACCAUGUGGAACUCGCAGGUGGCUUUCAUCAUGAGCAGCCGGACCGGAGAACACGCAUGGAACCCGGACGAAUUCCCGAAUUUCACCAGGUGGCAGAACGCUUGUCUGGGCCGCGACAGCGUCAAAAAGGUUCUCAGCGUUCUAAGCGAGAAAGGUUAA